AAUAGAAGUUUCUGGUGAAAAUAUACACGAGGCUUUUCGCAAAACAGAAGUAAAUCGAAGCUAUUUAUUUAAAAGAAGAAGAAAAAAUUGCUUCUAGUGAAAGAGGGUCUAAAAUAAACCUCUCCACUUUUCGUGUUAAUUAAAUUAUCGAGCGCGUUCGUGUACGGACAUUUUUUUCUUCUCCGAGAUUUGGAAGGGUGCUCAUAAAUUUCGUUCAAGGACUCGACUUAAAGUAUGAGGUGGGCUGGCAGAUGCGGCAUCGAGCGAAUGGAGUUUAGUGGGUGGAGUCUGAGAAAGGUACCGCUUCUUCAGCAUCCUUCAGCAUCUUUCCUAAGGAGCAUCCUAAGAAGCUCAUGACUUGCAAUGAAUGGGACGCAAGUAUGCCGCCUGAAACAAGUUAACGCACACCAUUAACGACACUUUCUUCUUAAUAAAAAUAUGACGGGGCUAUGAAUCUGGAUAAAUACUUAAGAGACAUCGGAGGACUCCACAAAGAGUAUGACAUUUUGAGGGAACUGGAAAACUUAUCAGUGGAUUUUCAUCUUUCUUGACUGAACCUCUUCAACUUUGAGGAUGCCGGUUUUGAAAAGGGAACAAGCAAGAGACAAAGGAGAUCCAAGCGGUCUCCCAAAGCUCCCAGUGCCACCCUUGCAACAAACACUGGACAUGUACCUGAAGUGCAUGGGUCACCUCAUACCAGAGGAGCAGUUCAAAAAGACUAAGGUGGUUGUAGAGAAAUUUGGAGCACCUGGUGGGAUGGGCGAAUUUCUUCAGAAAAAGUUACUGGAAAGAAGCGAACAUACGGCCAAUUGGGUGUAUGACUACUGGCUUGAAGACAUGUAUUUGAGCAACAGAUUAGCACUACCUGUCAAUUCCAGUCCUGUGAUGGUCUUUCCCAAGCAGAACUUCAGGAGUCAAAGUGACAGCCUCAGAUUUGCUGCCCAUCUCAUUUCUGGUAUAUUAGAGUAUAAAUCUCUUAUAGAUGGACGUGCCCUCCCUGUAGACUAUGCUCGUGGGCAGCUGGCUGGGACGCCCCUGUGUAUGGAUCAGUACAACAAGGUCUUCACCUCCUACCGUCUGCCAGGGCCAAAAAUGGACACUUUAGUGGCUCAGAAGAGCACAGUUAUGCCCGAGCGCGAACAUAUAAUAGUGGCUUGUAAGAAUCAAUUUUUUGUUCUCGACGUGGUGAUAAACUUUCGUCGGUUAAAUGAAAAAGACCUUUACACUCAGCUGGAGAGAAUCAAAAAGAUGUCAGACAUUGAAGAAGAGCGUCUGCCUCCGAUCGGUCUGCUCACAUCAGAUGGCAGAACACAGUGGGCCGAGGCUCGCAGCGUGCUGAUAAAAGAUUCUACCAACAGGGACUCUCUAGACAUGAUUGAGCGCUGUCUGUGUCUGGUGUGUUUGGACGAGCCGUCUGGCACUGAACAGACUGAUACCAACCGAGCUUUACUGAUGCUCCACGGAGGGGGCACGGACAAAAAUGGGGGCAACCGUUGGUAUGACAAACCCAUGCAGUUUGUAAUAGGUGCAGAUGGAUGCUGUGGCGUUGUAUGUGAACACUCACCUUUUGAGGGAAUAGUGCUUGUGCAAUGUACAGAAUAUUUACUGAGAUACAUGAGAGGAAGCCCUUCUAAGCUGGUGAGGGCAGCCAGCAUGAGUGAGCUUCCUGCCCCCAGACGACUGCGCUGGAAAUGCUCACCAGAUAUCCAAACGUUUCUCAUGGCCUCAGCAGACAAAUUACAGAGACUUGUGAAAAAUCUGGACAUGAAUGUCAGCAAAUUCACUGGUUAUGGCAAAGAGUUCAUCAAGAAACAGAAAAUGAGCCCCGAUGCUUAUGUUCAAGUUGCCCUCCAAUUAACAUUUUACAGAUGUCAUGGACGUCUAGUGCCCACCUAUGAAAGUGCAUCAAUACGCCGCUUUCAAGAAGGACGAGUUGACAACAUUCGCUCCUCCACCCCUGAGGCCUUAGCAUUUGUGAAAGCUAUGGGAAAUAGCUCCAAAAUCACUGAUGUUGAGAAAAUUGAGUUGCUUUGGACUGCCAUUAAAGCCCAAACCAAUUAUACAAUUCUAGCAAUCACUGGGAUGGCAAUAGAUAAUCACUUGCUUGGGCUACGAGAGAUUGCCAAGGAGCUGAAACUAGAAAAGCCAGAGCUGUUUUCUGAUACAACCUAUGCCACCAGUAUUCACUUCAUCCUCUCUACAAGCCAGGUUCCUACCAUUGAAGAGAUGUUCUGCUGCUAUGGUCCUGUUGUCCCUAAUGGCUACGGAGCCUGCUACAAUCCUCAGAUGGACCACAUCAUCUUCUGUGUGUCAAGCUUCCGUGACAGUGCCGAGACCAGCUCAGAUUUGUUUGUAAAGACUCUUGAGGGGUGCCUGAAGGAAAUGCAAGAUCUAUGCAUAAAAUGCAACACUGAAGCUAAACCAGCUGACUCUACGAAAAGGAUGGAUGGAACUACCAAGGUAAUGAAGAAUGGAAGCAAGGCAUAGCAAGAAGCUACAUCGUUUGAAUCAUAUGGAAGAUGCAGAAACCACUGUGACUGUACAAAGAUGGACAUUUUGGGAGAAAAUAAGAGACUCAAAAACAUAGCAAGGCCAACAGACUGAUUUAGUGAAUACUUUUGAUAUGCAACAGAGUCAGAGUAGGCAUUCCCCUUGAGUAUUUUCUCUAUUUUGCCAAAUUUUAUUACCAACAGCAGUGAUAUAGAUAUUCCUUGGAGCUGUAGUCACUUGAUAAAAGUAGAUCUAUUUAGUUAAUUUACAUUAUUUGGCCUAUGAGAGCAUAUACAAAUUAAACGGGAGUAGAUGAAGCUCAGCAGAUAUACAGUAAAUGAUGCCUUCUUAAUAUGACUUGAACUAGCUGAGGUCUGUUUCCAAGAGUCCGACCCAGCUUUUCAGUCUGCCUAAGAGUAAAUUAUAGUUGUCACUGUCAAAGGCAGCAUUAAAAAAAUAGUUCAUCCAAAAAUAAAAAUUCCGAAAUCAUUUACUUACCAUCAUGUCAUUCCAGACUCCCUUUCAUCUGUGGAACACAAAAGAAGAUAUUCUGAAGAAUGUUUUAACAGUUUUUUUCAACAACAAUGAAAAAUUAUUAUGAGGACCGUCUUGAUGCUUGGAAAUUGUCCAAGUAGUUGUUUUAAGUUCAUGAAAAAAUGACAUUCUCAAAUAUGCUGCCUUUGAAAUACUGUAUAUCCAGUUGCUUAGUAUGCAAAUGAAUAUUAUGAUAUGAUAACCUAUAGCUAUUUACAAUCUAUACCAAUUUUUUUAUGGUCAUGUCAGAGUUGCCAUAACAGAUGCCUAUCAAAAUACAUUACUCUGAAUGACAACCCUGUGGAACUGGACCAGAAGCUGCUAUUUAAUCUUUGUGAGUAUCAUAUUUUGCAUUUUAAAGUUUGUAAAGUAAUGUAUUUUUUUAUGUAUCUGUAUAUAUAUAGCAAAAGUCUAUUUUAGGUCUGCAGUAUACAAACAAAAUGUCAUUAUAAUUUAUACUGUAUGGUAUUAUAGCUUUAAAGUGUGCUGUGUUUUAUGUGUUUUAUAAAUUUAAUUCUCACAUAUUCUGAAAUGCACAGUCUGAGCUCCUAAAAACAAGCCAGUAUGUGCAUAAAUGUUUAAAGAAUAUUAGCCAUUGCGAAUGCUGAAAGAACAUUGUUGUGUGUCUUGAUUUCCGAAGCAAUAAUAGAAACAGGAAUUUUCAAUUUAUAAUGCAAUAGCAGAUUAUGAACUAUGAAGCCAAGAUGAAUAGUUUAAUUACAGUUGCAAAUUAAUAAGCUUUUUUUUUUUUAAGUACAAUCAUCGUGUAUGUGAAAACAUGAUUAUAUUAAGUCUGAAAAUAACAUUGACACGUGUUGCACACCUGGUCUAUAAAUUAUAUCUUAACAAAAAGAACAAUACUUGAUGUCUGUCUAAUGUACACAGACAAAGACAGAGUGAGAAUAUGUUUUAUAUUGUGAAUAUAUGCAUUGAGCACUGUUUUUUAAAUGUGUGUAAUUUGUAUAUCGUAUGUGUUGAUCCAGUCGUGACAGUAAUUGUGAAGUAGAUCAAAAGACUAAAACAGUGACGCCUUGAGAAAUUCAUUUUAGCACUUUAUAACUAGAUCAAAUAUGUACUGUAGUAAAAUAACUUAACUGAAAUAGACUAAUAAACUACUCAAUCAUGUUAUGUAUACUGGAGUAUAUACAAAAAGAGAGAGAAUAUGUGUACUACUAAUGUAGAGAAAUUAAAGCUUUUACCCAAGUAUUAGUUAUAGAAUAUGUUUUUUGUUUAUCAUGACAUCAUGUUAAGAAUGGGAAUGGGCAAAACAGAAAAUACAUGUGAAAAUGAGGAUGUAACAGAAUGUAUUUUGUUAAACUGUGGUGGAGUGCUUAAACUGUGAUGUUAUUUAACUCUGGGAUAUUUAUUUUUUCAAAAAGAGUUUUCAAAAUAUAAAUGGUCUAUUUAUCACUGUAUCCUAAUGAUGCCAUAAAAGUACUAAUCAAAUCCAUGAUGUGUGCUCUGAGUAUUUACCACCAACUAUGAAAUAUGUGUAUUCUGGC